CUACUCGAUCUAUUUCGAUCACCCGCACUCACCAACCCCUUACCCAGCAGCUAGCUCUCUCUUAUAUAUAUAUUCAUCAUUGGCCUUCACCACUUUAAAAAUCAGUGAUCAUCUAAACACAGUUUAUCAGAUAUGAGUAGUGAGGUGACGGAAGUGAAAUCGAACUCAAUGACGGCAAGGAGGGCAGCAGAUUCAGAAAUCGAAGCUGCGGCAGCCGAUAUGUCAAGCCCAGCUGGUCCACCAAAAACGCCUAAGAGCCCUUUUGCUUCGCGUUUUAUGAGUACUCCUCUUGCCAGCCCCAUGAAAAAGGCCAUUGUAAGCAUGCAAGGCUACUUGGAAGAAGUUGGACACUUUACCAAGCUCGAUCCUCAAGACUCCUGGCUACCCAUCACCGAGUCGAGAAAUGGUAAUGCCUACUACUCGGCGUUUCACACGCUCAGUUCCGGAAUCGGAGUUCAAGCCCUCCUCCUUCCGCUGUCUUUCACUGUUCUCGGUUGGGCAUGGGGAAUCAUAUGCCUCUCAGUGGCUUUCAUGUGGCAGUUGUAUACUCUGUGGUUACUGAUACAGCUCCAUGAAUCGCAAUCUGGGAUGCGCUACAGCCGAUACCUCCGCCUUUCCAUGGCCGCUUUUGGUGAGAAACUAGGGAAGUUGCUGGCGCUGUUUCCAAUCAUGUACCUCUCCGGUGGCACGUGUGUGACCCUGAUCAUGAUUGGUGGUGGAACCAUGAAGAUUUUUUACCAAAUCGUUAGCGGUAAUAAUACAAGUCCUUUGACCAUCCUGGAGUGGUACUUGGUGUUCACCGGCAUGACCAUUGUUCUUGCUCAGCUUCCUAACCUCAACUCCAUUGCCGGGGUUUCGCUAAUCGGAGCAAUCACUGCUAUAACUUACUGCACUCUCAUUUGGAUUGUUUCCAUUACCAGAGAUAGGCCAGCGGGUGUUAACUAUGACUAUCCAUUUCUUCCUCCCCAAGCAAAAUCUGAUCCAGCUGCUUCGGUUUUUAGUAUUCUCAAUGCGCUUGGGAUCACUGUCUUUGCUUUUAGAGGCCACAAUCUUGUGCUCGAAAUACAGGGGACUAUGCCUUCAAGCACAAAGAGCCCUUCGCGUUUGCCAAUGUGGAAAGGGGUGAAGUUUGCAUAUCUCAUCAUCGCAAUGUGCUUGUUUCCCCUUGCAAUUGGCGGCUACUGGGCUUAUGGAAAUUUGAUACCAUCAAACGGAGGAAUGUUAAAUGCCUUGAACGAGUAUCAUGGACACGAUACGUCAAAAUUUGUGCUAGGUUUUACGAGCCUGCUGGUUGUGGUUAACUGCCUAACCUCGUUUCAAAUAUAUGCAAUGCCGGUGUUUGACAAUCUGGAAUUCAGAUAUACUAGCUGCAUGAACAAACCCUGUCCACGGUGGCUCCGCGCAGGGUUCAGGAUUUUGUUUGGCUGCUUCGCCUGUUUUAUUGCAGUGGCACUACCCUUCUUGCCAAGCUUGGCAGGGUUGAUUGGAGGAGUUGCAGUACCAAUCACAUUAGCAUAUCCAUGUUUCAUGUGGGUACUUAUAAAAAAACCUCCUAAACAUAUCGCAAUUUUCAAUUGGGUACUGGGAUCCUUGGGGAUAGUCCUUAGUAUCUUGAUUGUCACCGGAGCAAUUUGGAAUAUAGUGACCAUCGGAAUAGAAGUUCACUUCUUCAAGCCUGAAUAAGUAAUAGCAACAAGGGCAUCACAAAGUCAAGUAAUGAAGCUUAGCUUCUACAAAGUAUGGUGUUAAUGUAUAUCUUCAACCAGCCUCCUCCUAUUAACGUUAAACUACCAUAUGGAUCUCUUUCAGUUGGUUCCUGCCAGUGCCUAGUAAAAGGAACAUACCCAACCCUGAUCAAACAGAAGGUACACACUACUUCAACUGUUCGAAUAUCUAAAAUAACUGUACAACAUCCUGCAUAACACUCUGGGUACGAAUCUGAAAUGUAAUAACAGUUUGUUUCUUAUGUCAUUGUAUUGUUGAUAAGUAAGAUAAACAUCAAUCUCUCAGUAGU